UCGCCGGUUCAAUAUGGCGACUCGAUGAAAGCGCGAUGCUGUCACGACCUGGCCGCUUUCAAGACUGGCUUUUGGCUUGAUGCCCGCACUGACAGCAGCUGUCAAAAUAGCCCAUAAAGAUGUCCGAGACGAAUGACGACUCGCUUAACUUCGAUUUGGGCAACGAUGAUCCAGCCAUUCUUAAUGAGGACGAACUGCUCCUAUCCGACGACGAGAAUGGCAUCAAACUCGACCAACCCGAUGAAGACUUCUUGCUGGAGGAAACGGACGAUUGGGUUACGAAGGAGUUAGCGUCGAAGGAAAGUGAACCGGCGCCGGUGGCAGCUGCACCAGCGGCAGAGGAUGUAGUGCGCAAGCAUGAUGACAGUCCGGCGAUACAAAGUGCACCACCCAGCAGCAGCAGCAGCAGCAACAGCAGUGGCAGUAGAACGUUGGGAUUGGCAAAUGAAUCGCAGAACGAGUGCGGUGAAAGUGACAGUGCGACACACGAAGCCGACGGUUGUGAGAAGAGUGCGUGCGCGCCAGUGAACGACGCUGAGCCGCAUAUCGAUACAUCCCGCCCAAGGGAACACAGUGGUGGUAGUGCGGAUCAAAGCAAGCCACGGUCCGAAGUGAGUGUCGAAACAACGUCGCCUACUACAACCGAAAACGGUGCAGCUCGUGAACCGCAUCCGGGUCAUGAUGUUGUGGCCAGCGAAUCGAAGGAAUCGCUACGCUCGACAUCCUCAUCGGCGCUCGACGAUGGCUCGACGGUGGCCUCCUCGGUGGAGUACAGCUCUUCGGCGCAAACACUUGCCGAAACGACGUCCACGAUGUCCAGCAAUAGCAGCGCACGGCAGUCAGAGAAAACGACUGCCAGCGAACAGUGUGACACGACAUCGUCCGAAGAAGUGCUGUAUCUGUACAGCAAUCCCAACGAGGAGCACGACGGUGCGUACGAUACGGACGAGAUAAGUGAAAAGCGUGGGUGGAAAAAUGAAACCAAAAACGACACGCGACAUCCUCCGAUGCACGGACUUCACCAUCAACAGCAACCACAGCACCACGGCGGUCCACCCGGUUUGGCCGGUAAUCGACCCCGGCUACCGGGUAUGAAGCAUCCUUUGCUACCUCCGCAACAGCUCAUGCAACAUUCCGGCAUGGUUGCGCCCAACAUACUCGGUCCCCAUCGGCCGAACAACUUUGGACCGAUGCAUCCUGGCGCACGGAUGGACUUCCGGCCGGGUGGUAACCGACAGCGCUAUCCACUAAGGCCCGGCUUCGGUCCGGACAUGAUGAACCAGUUCCGGGGCGGUAUGGGUCGUAUGAAUUUCCCACCCGGCCCACUGCCACCCGGUAUGCAUCCGGGCGUGUUAAUGCAAGGCGGUGGACCGCCGGGCAGUGGCGGACCACCGAUGCCACCGAUGCGUGGCUUUCCCGGUCGUGGGCAUCCGUACGAAAUGGUACGCCAUAUGCCACCGCGUCUCAUUCGUCCGAUGGGAAAUGCAAAUGGACCGCAAAUGUUUCGCUCAGUCGGUCCGCCCAAUGGUGGCCCUACGGGGCCAGUGAAAGGACCGUUCGGACCACCCGUAUCACAGAGCGGACAGCAAGGCGGACAGAUCGGCAAUCCUGGUGGAGCAGGUGCGGCGGGAGCAGCAGUAGCGUCACUACAGCCCCAAUCCCUCCUCUCCGGAACGUUUGACCCGAUGACGGUAGGGGGAGGAAGUGGUGCAGGUGGAGCGGGUGGUGUAGCUACCAGCACCAACUCCAUCCAACCGUCCCCAGCCCCAGCCGCCGCACCCGUCGUUGCUGGCUUUCCACAGAAAGUGCUGAUUAAUCCUAAUUUUAAAGGUGGCGUCGAAGCCGUUAAGCAUCAGCUAAUGCGCGAUGCGGCCCUUAGCUCGCAGCAAUUUGUGGCCGGCGUUAGUGCCCGGCAGGUUAGCGAUGCGGAGCUGUUGCGCCAGCAGGAAGAGUUUAUCAACAAAAAUCGCAUCGAGGUGGAAAAGCGCCGACACGAGCGUUCACCGUCGCGCGAACGGGAACGGGACCGUGACCGCGAACGAGACCGUGACCGUGCCCGAUCGCGCGAACGUGACCGGGAACACCGGGAACGUGAGCGGGAUCGGGACCGGGAGCCUUUGCGUGGUCGAUCGCGGGAUCGCUCGAGGGAGCGGGAGCGUGAGAUGCGGCCACGGUCACGGGAACGGGACCGCGAGCGGGAAUACUCGCCGCGGCGGCAUCACCGUGGCGGCAGCCGGGAUCGCGAUUUUGGACGGGCCGGGCGGAGGAACUUUGGGCGGAGUCGGAACGCUAGCCGCGACCGGGACGACGACAACCGAUUCCCGAAGCGGCGGAAGAGCAGCGAUUACGGUGAAAACAACCGAGGACAUUACGACCGUAACGACGACGAUGAGGAUCCGGAAACUAGAGCUUACCGGAUGGAAAUAGAGAAGCAGAAGGCCACACGCGAAAAAAUGUUGCGCGAAAAGGAGAUGCGCCGGAAGCGGGCGGCCGAGGAAAAGCUUAAAUCACGAUCAAACGAGCAAAAACCUCAGGAAAACACUCCACCCAAGCUGACGCCGUUGGUCGUGACGGAAAAGAAAAUCAUCACGCUCAAAAAGAAACCAUCGGAACCGAUCAAAACCGAUCCCGUCGAGCAUGGUACGCGGCUCGACAACGAGCCUCACUCGAGCGAUGGCAGCAGCGAUCGGCAGCGAGCUCACAACAGUGAGCUUAACUCGGAGGCGAUCGAGCUAGAUCUGCUCGAAGAGUUGCUGCUCCGCGAACCGACCCCGGAGCCGAUGCCCUCGAAGCCGUCGCGAGUGACGACCAGCAGUGGUCAGGUUUCGACCACGAGUGGUACGGCCCUGGUUACGACCUCGUCGUCGGCGAAAGCUGCCGAUGGACAGACGUCAGCAGCAGUAGCAGCCGGGAAGGGUAAAUCAGUAGGAGGAGCAGGCGUGACUGUGCCAGCGAGCAGCCGAAGGAUCGUAGUGAUGAAGCAGCCAACUACCGAGAAGAGGGAGUCAGGGGGACUACAUCAAACAACGGUCGCCACCAGCAGCAGCAGCAGCAGCAGCAACAGCCGAAAGGCUCGCAUCUUCGAUCGGCUGGACAAACGGAUCGGUGUGAAUGAAGCCGACAAGCGUAAAAUUCAGAGGUUAGUCAAGGAUAAUUAACCGUUUCUAUCCUCACCCUCAGCUUCUGCCACCAGGCUACACACACCGCCACUAUCUAGCAGUGUGUGUAGCACGCAGUUAUUGUAGUAUCUCUCUCUGUGUGUGUGUAUGUGUGUAUUUGAACGCCCCAUUUAUUCAUCCAUGGGGGGAGCAUUUGGAAGGAUUCGAUUCGUUCGAAAAAAGGACAAAAGGUUUCUUUUUUAAACUGUUGGCUAACCUAUUGCAUGUGGCCCAACAUCGCCCAUCGAUUUUAGUCUUUAUUGGUUAAGAGCGUACACGCGUACGCGCAUCAUCCCCACAGCCGCGGAUAUCCUUCAGGCUGGGCGAUACAUUUGUUAGGUGGAUUUAUUUUUAAACUUUUAUCUUAUAUCAUUGUGCUUAGUUGCAAGCAUCCUUCCCCCAUGUUGGGAUGAUAGAAGGGCCAACCCCCGUGCACCCAGACGGUGGAUUAUCGAACGUUGUAUAUUAAACUGUUUUCCGUAUCUCA